UUAUGGUAGGUUCGUGUGAAUUGGACGGUGUCUAUAUGUUUGGGACCUUCGAUUAUGGACAAAUGAAAGGGACAUCAUCUGAAAACACCAGCGUUUGACGUUGGUGAGCUUUUCUGAGCCACGUGUGCUAAUUAAUAUUUUGAAAACUCAUUACUGAAGGAUUAUUAUGCGUAAAUUGUGUUUUACCACUGUGAACUGGAGCCGUAUUGUGAGUUCACCAGGAUAUUUCUGACAUUACAAUAUUGAUAUUUUAAACUCCAGUGCAAAUUUCAGUUCCUAAGUUGACUUUUUUUAAGCUUUGACCAAGUAUUCUGAAACAUGGCUUUACCUGACAAUGCUAUUAGCCUUCCUGUCGAGGAACUGGCCUUUCCGGAAAUCAUUGAGCUAAACGUCGGGGGUCAGGUGUAUAUCACCCGCUACUCGACUUUAACAAGUGUGCCGGACUCGCUCCUGUGGGAGAUGUUCAGCCAGAAGAGCACCGAGAGCUUGGCGCGCGACACCAAGGGUCGUUUUUUCGUGGACCGAGACGGGUUCCUGUUCCGGUAUAUUCUGGAUUACAUGCGAGACCAGCAGCUCGUCCUUCCGGACCAUUUCCCGGAGCGAGGACGGCUGCAGCGGGAGGCUGAGUUCUUCAACCUCCCCGAGCUCGUUAAGCUGCUGGCACCAAAGCUCAGCAAGCAGAACUCUUUAGGGGACGAGGGCUGCCAGAGCGACCCCGAGGAGCCCUCGCCCGGGGCCGACGUCGCCCGGAGCCUCGGGGCCGUUGCAUGCUCCAGCUUGGCUUCGGGCGACGGAAAGUGCUCCGGGUUCAUCACCAUCGGCUACCGGGGCUCCUACACUCUCGGCCGCGACAGCCAAACAGACGCCAAGUUCCGGCGCGUGGCUCGGAUUAUGGUGUGUGGGAAGACUUCUCUCGCUAAGGAGGUUUUCGGGGAAACGUUGAACGAGAGCCGCGACCCCGAUCGCCCGCCUGAGCGCUACACGGCGCGCUAUUACCUAAAGUUUACUUUCUUGGAGCAGGCUUUUGACCGGUUAGCCGAUGCCGGCUUCCACAUGGUGGCUUGCAACUCCACUGGGACUUGCGCCUUCGCUCACGAGCAGACUGACGACAAAAUCUGGGCCAGCUACACCGAAUACGUAUUCUACCGUGAGUGAUCCUAAACCCUGCCUCCCAGACCACAGAUCACCUGCAAUAGAUGUAGAAGCUUCUAGAUCACCAUCCAUCAGACUUCCCCACAUCAGAGCCCUUAAUGCCUCUUCCCCGCCGCGCUCCAGUAACCUUUCUUCCCUCCGAACGAGCCAUGUUGAUCUUCCCCUCACGAGAGACUGCCUUCCCCUUUCUCAGCUGUUGUUGAUGUGUUUUGUCCAGCUAAAAGUUGGAGAAGAACUGCUAAACUAGGCUUGAGCCUUUUGAAAGGGCUUCUCUCGUGUGUCACUCAAAUUGUCAGACAAAUUAUAAAGCUUUUGAGUUGUUCGUGAUGCGAAAUAGAGAUGUAAUAGACUAUGUAAUUUGGGUUAUUAUCAAUGUAUCUAACCCUUCAAUGGGGCCAAAGGAGAGGGAAUCCACUAGGUUAUAAAGCCAUCUUUAUGGAUAGAUGCGAAAAGAUGAAGCUAUUUCAAUUGGACAAGCUGUUUUACAUUGAAUAUAUUAAUGUGUCAAACUAUUUUUAACUAGCAUUAAUGAACAGCGUUAUAGCAGGUUUUGGAUUUAUUAAUUGCACAGAAUGGUAUAAUGCCACCUGAGAGUGUGGUGAGCUGUAUUGGCUGUGUUAUUAAGCUUUCUGUGUUUUACUCGUGUAAGGCUAGAUAUGAUAUGAUAUCGAAACAUUGCGCUCAGAACACAGAUUUAUUUUUAGGUCCACUUGAGUUGCCAGAUCAGUUGAACGAUAGCUAUACUGAAUCUUGUUAUUAUUAUUAAUCUGAUAUUUCACAUGCCUGCCAUUUGUGUAAGUUCUUUUAAAUUCUCACAUGUGCUAAUAUUAUUUUUGUUUAUUGAGUUAAAUGCUUCAUAUUUUAAUUAAUCUUAUUUAAAUUUAAAGAUACGUAUAUUUAAAUGAAUUAUUCAAGUGCAUUCAGUAAUUAAUGUUUGCUUAGGCCUAUUUAAGCCAUAGCCUGUUAUGAACCACCAUCUAUAUUUAAACCAUGCAGAUGAUACUAGAUAUUUUCUUCUUCAUUAAAUGCACACAGAGUUAGACGGUGACUUUUAGAGCUUUAAAUUUCAGGUAUUUCCAUUGUAACCUCAGGCCAGAAUUGCCAUUAACUGAAACACAGGCACAAAAUCUCACAGUGGAAUUUAGUUAUGAGAUGUCAUUUGGGAUAAUACAUAUCAAACAGUAAUUUAUUUUAUGUCAAUCAGAAAUGAACUUAAUCCCUUAAUCUUAAUUUCCUGAUAGCGUUUUAAAGGUUAUGUUCGGGCAUUGUUUAAAGCAAAGUGCUCGCCUCAAAGUGUCUUUAUGAAAGCAUGAAUAAAAACAUAAUUAUUCAAUGAGUAUAUUGUCAUAAAUAUAAAACAAAUGUAUGCAUUUAAUGUAUUUGCACAUUACCAAAAACAGGCCAAAAUGAUAUGCAAACACAUUUCCUGUUAAAUCAAAGUCAAUCUUAAAUUAAAGCAACAGUUAAUGCUCUAUUAAGACGAGCUAGUCUUUCAUAUCUCAGUUUCAGUGCUUCAUUCACCAGAGAAAUUUCUAUAUCGAAGACAAUUUUUACAAGCAUAAAAGAUUAAGGUUAAAAAAUAAAUAAAAAUUAAAAAAGUCAGAAACAGCAUGAGAUUCACUCAAAUAGAUUUUUUCAUUUUUUAAUGUGUAUUCUGUCUUAUACAUUCUGGUAGCAUUUUUUUUUCUGGGUAGAUCUACAUUGCUCAGUGAGAGUUAAAGAGAAAAUGGAAGCAUUACAUCAGAUUAUUAAAUCUUACUCUCCCCCAAAGUCUCUUCUCCACUGAAUCCUCUGUUAUCACGCUGCUUCCCAAUUUCUCUCUUUCAUUUUGCUCUGGCGUUCCCUCCGCGGAGACUUCAAAGCGUGAACAUAGGCAAGGCCAGAAUGAAAACCAGGACAAACCUAUAACCAGCUCAGUCAAAGCAGAUUACCCAACCAGCCUUUGUGUUGCUGUGUCUAAUCUAUCUAAUUAAGAUUGCGCUGGCACACUGAGCACUCACAUUGUACUCCAGUGAGGAACUGGGUAAAAACAUAUUUAAAUAACUUUUCAGCUCAGUAAAUAUAACGAUGAUUCAAACAGACAAACUGAGAUCGCGGACACAAGAGCUGAAAUUAUUCAGCUGUCUGAAACAUUAACAUCUCUUGUUAGCUGAUAUGCGAUGAGAGAAAAUAAAACAGACAGGUGGACGCAGACCAACAUCGUCACCUAAACGCAGUCAACCAUCUAAAGCACUGCUGCAUGGAUUUAUAGAUCCUGGUAUUAAAUGUAAAUCAUUUAAAAACAAUAAGCACAAGUAACGUCACAGGCAAUGUAUCAGAUGUCCUAAAAAAAAAAAACAAGAUUCAGAGCACCAACUUUUCCUGUUUAACUUGUAAAUGUGUUACACUACAGAAGUCAAAUGGGUUAGAAAUGCCAACUUAUUUGAGUGUUUGUAGAUGCAUAUCACAGCAGGUGGGUUUUAACAAACAUUUAAGCUCUGUGCAACCGCUAAAUGGUGAAGUGAUUUGUGACCGUAAACAGUCGAUCCUUCAGUCUGGCCAGCGGGAUAAUUGUUGCAUUGUGUGCUGAUGUUAUUUAUAGGGUCCAGACACAGCUAUUAAGCAGCACUGCAGCCAUUCUGCCUGCCUGUAACUCCAAAGCCAUAAUCAUAAUAGGCACUACGGGGGAUAUAUACCCCAAUCAUAAUAGGAUUUUUCAGUGAGCGAUUCUUGUAUUUUUCCAUUUGAUUUACUGAAAUCAUUAAUAUCUUCGAUCCCAGGCCCACAGCUCUUGAUGUGUGGAGGGGGUGAUGAUGCCUCGAUUGAUCACC